GGUCGACCUAGAAGAAAAACACUUGAUAUGAUAAGAUCAAUAUAGGAGAAUCUGAAACGCAACAGCCGCCAGACCGACGGUAAAUUAACAGGCAAGAAAAUCUCUUUUUGCAUAUGUAGUAGUAACGUUCAAAGUGCGUGGCUAAGCAGCAAAGUCGGCUUUGUUCCAGAGUUUUAUCUGAUUACCUUGCAGAGACUUUCCUGGGAAUGCGCACCGGGAAAGUUCUGGUUUGCAGUCCCGCGGGAAGAGGUGAACAAUGAUGGACAGCGGCAGUUGGGCAGGGGGAGGCUCGGGGUUUGGCUCCGCCUGGCCGGAAGGGGACUCAAAAUAAGCCUGCCCUGCUGGACGCCGCGGGGAUUGAUACGCAAUCAGGAAGAGAGCCAUGGCAAGGCAACCAGCCAAAACUCUGUGGUACGACCGCCCACGAUGGAUAUUCCUGGAGUUCUGCGUGGAGGACAGCACAGAUGUGAAAGUAGAUAUUGACGAUUACAAAGUUGUGUUCAGUUGCAAGAAUGCAGAUGGCGUGGAGUUGUACAACGAGAUUAUCUUUUAUGCCCAGGUUAAUUCUAAGGAUUCCCAGAACAAGCAGUCAGGCAGGUCCAUCACCCUCUUUGCACGCAAGUGGAAGGAAAAAGUGCCUUGGCCACGUCUCACCAAGGAGGACUUUAAGCCAGCAUGGCUCUCAGUGGACUUUGAUAACUGGCGCGACUGGGAAGGAGAGGAGGAAGCGGAGGCGGCCAUGGUUGAGCACUAUGCGGAGCUCAUGCAGAACGUCACCAAGAAAGGUCCACCUCCUGCCAUGGAUGACCUUGAUUUCACCACACAGGUGGUCUCCUGCUGCCCUGGAAAAUUGUCCACAGAAACCGGUGGAAAGAAGGAGACACUUCAAGGAUUCCAUGUCAUCUUGGAAGACACUAUUCUUUUCCCAGAGGGUGGAGGGCAGCCUGAUGACCGGGGCCUCAUUAAUGACAUCCCAGUAUUAAGAGUCACCCGACAAGGUCCAGAUGCUCUACACUUUGUCCAGACACCCCUUGAGCCAGGGAGCGAGGUGCAGCUGGUGCUCGAUUGGGACCGGCGCUUUGACCACAUGCAGCAGCAUUCAGGGCAGCAUCUCAUCACAGCUAUUGCGGAUCUGAUGUUUGGAUUCAAGACGACAUCAUGGGAGCUAGGCCGCCAACGAAGCACUAUAGAGCUGGACACCCCUUCAAUGACAGCAGAUCAGGUGGCAGCCCUUGAGCAGAGGGUGAAUGACAGAAUCCGAGCCAGGAUCCCAGUGGUGGUGCGAGAGCUGGCAGUGGGCGACCCUGAAGUUGAGCUGGUGAGGAGCCGUGGCUUGCCGGACGACCACACGGGGCCCGUGCGGAUUAUAAGCAUUGAGGGUGUCGAUGCCAAUAUGUGUUGUGGCACACACGUCUCCAACCUCGCUGACCUGCAGGUGGUUAAGCUCUUGGGCACCGAAAAAGGGAAGAAGAACAAGACCAACUUAGUUUUCCUCGCUGGGAGCCGAGUGCUGAAAACUUUGGAGCGAAGCCAUGCGACCGAGAAGUCCUUCACAUCACUGCUUAAGACUGGCCCCGAAGAGCACGUGGAAGCUGUAAAGAGGCUACAGAACUCUCUGAAGCUGCUUCAGAAGAGCAACUUGAACCUGCUGAGGGAUUUAGCCGUCCUCACAGCUCAGAGCUUAAAAAGCAACUUGGAUCAGGAACCCGUUCUUGUGUUGCACAGGAAAGACGGUGAUUCUGAGUUCAUGAACAUCAUUGCGAAUGAGAUUGGCGCUGGGGAAACCCUCCUUUUCCUAUCGGUGGGAGAUGAAAAAGCCGCUGGGCUUUUUCUGCUCGCGGGACCCCCAGAAGCGGUGGAGAAACUGGGCCCCAGGGUGGCUGAACUGCUGGAAGGAAAAGGGGUUGGGAAGCGGGGCCGCUACCAGGGCAAAGCCACGCGGAUGAGUCGGCGGCCAGAGGUGGAAGCCCUCCUCCGGACAUUUGUCAGUGAACAGAGCACAGAGCAGUGAUGGGAUGGACAACGGGAAUAAAUGGCGCACUGUGAAUAUGACAACCGAGCCACCGUUCUUAAGGACUGUAAAGUAAUAAACUUAAGGAUCCCUCCCCCUUUGGGUUCUUGCUUUCAAUGUGGCGGGGUCAACAAAGGAGAUUG